UUUUAUCAUUUAGCAUCUUAAAUUUUACAACAGAUGCACCAAAUAUUUUUCAAUUCGAACAAUCUGAGUGAGUCGGUCCAAAGAGUAGGGCUCUCUCUCCUGGAACGAAAGAGGAUCAGACAGAUCAGUGACAGUGUAUCUUGGGAGCAACUGAGCAACGUCGUCAGUGAAAGUACCGAACGGUCAGUCAAUCAAAGACGAGGAGUAUCCGAGAGUACGAGAUUGCUCAUCUCCCAGGAUUACAUACAGUCUUCUCUUCUCGCAAUCUAUUCCACUUUUACUUCCGUUGAAUCGCUGGCGUUCGAACCCUAACCCGAUUCUGUGCCGCCGGAGAAGCCCCCAACGAUCAUGGCCUCCGAUGGCUUUCCACCUAUCAUCGGUGCCCAACUGACUUACCUCCUCACUCACUCUCCUCUGUCCAUAAAGGUUGAUCAUAUGUGGUCUGGUUCUAAGGCUCAUGGCUUGCUCGAUCGGUUCACCUUACUCAUCCCGUUCUGCCUUGAUUAUCUUAGAUGGGAUGUGAUAUACAAUGCACAGUGUCCGUUAGCCGCGCCAGAUAUUGUAUUCGCGCCAGAAGAUGAGACAUUUCGACCAUUUAGAGCGACAAGUGAAGGAGAUGGUGAUUCUAAUAAGUCACCCAAGAAUAUUAUUUGUGAUUGGAAUAGCAAAGAUCCUUCCCGGUUAUUGUCUCUCAUUCUUGAGCUUAGGGAUCAGUACAGGGCCUACCAGAGAAAGCGGGCUGGAGAAGUCGAUGAUGAUAGAUUAAAAUUUGAAAUUAGUACUAUUCUUCCGCGGGAGGGAAUUGAAAUGUAUAUGAGCUCAGGCAUUGACAAGCCAGAGGAAGUUAAGUUUGCAGUGCCUCUACUUGAUAUUGAUAUUAACAAAAUGGUGAUGGGGUGCACGUGGAGACAUCAACAGAAGAUAAACCUACAGGUGAUAUUUCCUGUUGGGAGAAAGUAUUCAUCUGCACCUACAGCUCCUCGUCUAAAGUUGGUAGCUUCUUCUGAGUUGAAGGCUCUAUUUUCGAUUGAAGAUGUCAAGCUUCCACCAUGGUUGGAUUGCAUGUGCAUGGCUGAAUAUCUUCCCAAUUUAGAGGACAGUCUCCAGGGACAGAUUUUGGAUGCAGUUUCAUUAAUUGAACAUAGAAGGCGUUUUAUUGAGGCAUUAGCUACUGUAUUUGGAAGGCCUGUGGAAGCUGAUCCGAUUUUUUGCAGAAAAGCAACAUUUCUUGCUGCAUCUGGGGUUUUUACAUUUCUGGUGCAUUUUCAGUUUCCCACUCAGUUUCCGAAGCAACAGCCAGCUUUGACACUUCAAAGUAGUCAGCAUUUCAAUGGGCAAGGUGCCCCGAUAAAGUCACCACUUGUAACAGAUUUUCCAUGGAGUCCAAGAUGGGAGCCAUUGCUGAUGGCUGAGCGGAUCUUUGACUUUUUGGUGGAAGAGUGCUUGAACUUCAAAAAGUAUUGCAAUGAGAUUACUUCACAACACUAGCCCCAGUGUCAAUAAAGGCCAUCUAUUUUCCCUGUGCUUGUUAUCAAUUGCAUAAUGUAGUUUGCUUUAAAAUGAUUUAAUGUUGCAUGAGAACUGAAUUUGGUGUUUUGAUGACCUAAGAAUAUCCAAGAAUGAUUGAUUUUCAUCUAAUGCACGUUUGGUCACUAAAUUUUCUCUCCAUAUAGGAUUGACAAAAACAGUGUUCAGCAAAGUUUGUGCCAAAAAGGGAUGAUUUGAAGUAUGUUAAUGCGUCUGCUAGGGGGAUUAAUUUCAGUACUGAAAUGACUUUAUUGAAACUUAAUUUCAUUUGUAUGUGGGUUUUCUUA